CAAAUGAGAACGGCACUUGGGCACUACGAAAGUUGUUUUGCUUGCUUGCGCUAGAAAAAGAGAAUCAUUGUUGACGAUAAAACUUGGGUAUACCAACUUUUAUUACAUUGUUUAUUGUUAAAAAUUGUGAUGUAAUAAUAUCAAAUUUGCUGCAUAACACAAUCAUGGGUAUCAAAGUUGUAGAUAUAGUUGUUGUAUUAGUGAAUCUUGUAUACUGCGUUUAUUCCGAGCACAUCCUGCCCUGCAAUGUGAGUGCUUUGUACCCGUGUCAAGGGCAAAAUCAGGUAUGCAAUCAAUUAACCCGUCAGUGCGUUUGCAAAAGCGGUUUCACGUUCGUCAAUGAUAGCUGCGAGAUCCCCAGUGAGGAUUCGAGACACACAGUGACGGGUAUAGUGGUAUCGGUCUUCACAAUAGCACUUAUAGCUUGUGGGAUAAUUUUAGUAUUCAGAAAGUAUGAUCUAGCCAAUUACAUAAGGCAAAAGAUCAGUAUGAGACGAAACAACACCGCGGCGUAUGAGGACGUUAUGAUAGGUCACGAUGACCCUCCAUUGAACCCUUGAAGAUGCCUUAUAGCUGGAGAUAUUAGUUGUCAGAGCUUCUGACUAUAGUAGAUUUAAAAUUAUUUUGAUUAUAUUUAUAUUGUUUAUGUAGCCACAGAAUUUUGCUGUAAUGGAACAUAGAAACUUCCAUGACUAUACAUUGUUAUUUAAAUUUGCCUGCUUGUAUCUAUUAAGUAUUAAUGUAGAACAGGGAUGUCCAAACUAGAAUCUAAUUUACUAGAAUAAUGAUUGUAACCCAGAGAAUGGAAGUUUGGAGAUCCCUGAUAUAUAAUAGGGAAUGCAAUAUUGCUAUUCAGUAUCCUAUACUACUAACAGCCAGGGUGUUAAAUUAAACUCUAAACACCUUAGACUUUAAGGAAAAACACAUCAUGUAGGCCAGGGGUGGCCAACUUGUUUAGACCUAAGAUUGACUUUUCACU